UGUGUUUUUACCUAGCAUGGCUUAUGAUAGAAAUGGCCUCUGACUGACAAACUGCCUUUGGAGGGGGAGAAGUUAUAAUGAACUAUUGAACCCCAUGGUGUUAGACCUUCCUAAUGAGGCUGCUUAGUGUUGUGCUUGUGGAGUUAUUAUGUGAGGAAGGAGGCAUUUACACCAAGGUGGCUUGCACCGAAAUUCAACCCAUGUGAAUCUCAUCUCCUUGCAUGAGUCAUCUGAGGGAUCUGAAAUGACAGAUCCUGGAGGAUUGUGUGAAGUGCUAAGGAAGGCUUGAUGCUGCCCAUCGGUACACUGUGGUUCGUUUGCCUCAUUCUUUCCUAAAUAAGGCAUUAGGAUUUUUGUCUUCUUAUGGAAUUGGAAUGGACUAUGAUCAAGCAAAGGCACUGAUAUAUUAUACCUUUGGAAGUGCUGGAGGAAGCAUGAUGUCCCAGAUGAUUCUGGGCUACAGAUAUUUGUCAGGAAUCAAUGUUCUAAAGAAUUGUGAAGUUGCCCUAAAUCAUUACAAGAAAGUAGCAGAUUAUAUUGCUGACAAACUGGAAAAAAGUGAAGGUAUUCCGGUGGAAAAAGUGAGACUAACUGAGAGAACUGAAAAUCUGAGUUCCAACAGUGAGAUUUUGGAUUGGGACAUAUACCAAUACUAUAAGUUUUUGGCAGAAAGAGGAGAUGUUCAGAUACAAGUAUCUCUUGGACAAUUACAUCUAAUUGGGAGGAAAGGUCUAGAUCAGGAUUACUAUAAAGCAUUAUACUACUUUUUAAAGGCGGCAAAGGCUGGGAGUGCAAAUGCCAUGGCAUUUAUAGGAAAGAUGUAUUUAGAGGGGAAUCCUGCUGCACCACAGAAUAAUGCCACUGCUUUCAAGUACUUCUCCAUGGCGGCCAACAAGGGCAAUGCAAUUGGUCUCCAUGGACUUGGUCUCCUUCAUUUUUAUGGAAAAGGUGUUCCUGUAAAUUAUGGUGAAGCACUUAAAUACUUCCAGAAAGCUGCAGAGAAAGGAUGGCCCAAUGCACAGUUCCAGUUAGGCUUCAUGUACUACUCUGGCUCUGGAGUAUGGAAGGAUUAUAAACUUGCCUUCAAAUAUUUUUAUUUGGCAUCUCAGAGUGGGCAGCCCCUUGCCAUUUAUUAUCUGGCCGAGAUGUAUGCAUCGGGAACAGGAGUGCUAAGAUCAUGCAGAACAGCUGUGGAGCUUUAUAAAGGUGUCUGUGAACUAGGCCACUGGGCUGAGAAAUUCCUGACAGCUUACUUUGCCUAUAAGGAUGGCGACGUGGACUCUUCUCUUGUUCAGUAUGCACUACUUGCAGAAAUGGGAUAUGAAGUGGCUCAAAGCAAUUCAGCAUUCAUUUUGGAAUCUAAAAAGGCUAAAAUUCUUGAGAAAGAGAAGAUGUAUCCAAUGGCACUGCUACUAUGGAACCGAGCUGCCAUUCAAGGGAAUGCAUUUGCUAGAGUAAAAAUUGGAGAUUAUCAUUAUUACGGCUAUGGAACUAAGAAAGACUAUAAAACAGCAGCCACCCAUUACAGCAUUGCAGUAGACAAGUAUCACAGUGCACAAGCCAUGUUCAAUCUGGCCUACAUGUAUGAGCAUGGCUUAGGUAUCGCAAAGAACAUUCACCUGGCCAGGAGAUUAUAUGACAUGGCUGCUCAAACAAGUCCAGAUGCUCACAUACCUGUGUUCUUUGCCCUCAUGAAACUGGAAACUAUGCAUUUGCUCCGAGAUAUCCUGUUUUUUAAUCAGUUCACAAUGAGAUGGAAAUGGAUAAAACUGGACAAUGCAGUUGGACCAUACUGGGAUUUAUUUGUGAUCGGCCUAAUUGUUGCCAUUCUGAUCUUCCUGCUUACAAAUCGCCAUAGGUAGGCUCUGGAUCAUCAGAAAACCUGCUCACGGGUUCUUGCCAUGCUAUCCUCACCAAAUAAACAACUUCCUCAUCCAAAUCAAGAGCUGCUGAAGAUUUCUCACACAUGCUAUGAUGGAAAGUACACAAAGCUUGAGAUCUGUCCAAGAAAAACUACUUCAGACUUCCUGCUUAGUUGAAGGGACCAGGUCGGGGAUAGUGAGGACAGGCCAUCUAAGACUUUGUCACAAACUUGUUUUCCUGGUGAUCUAGUCCUGGCCUCAAUAAAGAUCACCAUCUUAUAUUGUUAUAAAAAAGGUGCCCCCCCCCCUUGAGAGAACAGCUGAGCUUCUUGGCUCCAAAACAUACACUGAGGUAAAGAGAAGGGUGAGCUCAGAGAAGUUAGGGAAUACAGACCCUCAGAAGAUGACAGAUAUUUACAAGUAGAUCUCAUAGGAAUUACCCUGACUAAAGUCCUGAUAAUCAAUGGCACAUUGUGGUAUAUCAUGCCUGGAAAGGAAGUACGGGGCCAUAGUGGGAGAUGGUGUCAGCCGCCUAGACAUAGAUUAAAAGGUCUAGCUUCUGCAGCUUCUAUUAAGCAAAUCAGUGACCCAAGACUGAAGAUUUAGGGCCUGUGAUUUAUGCUAAGCUUGAAUCAUAGCUCCACAAUUCUCUAACUAUUGAACUCCUCAACUAUCUUAGUCAGUUGGUACAAGGAUUAAAUGAAAUAAUGUAUGCAAACAGAGUCCUUCAUCUAGAGGGUACAUCAUAAAAGAGACUUGAAUGUCCUUUAAAAACUCACGGCAAAGAAGCCAGGCAUAGUGGUACAUGCUUACAAUCCUAGCACUUGGGAAACUGAGGCAAGAAG